CGAGUAAACACGUCGCUUCUCUUAGAGUCUUUCGCUCUGAAAAAAACAAAUAAUCAAGUAAAAUAAACUGCGUUUUACGUUUGUACACAUCGAUCGAUUCGAAAUCGUUAAACUAGUGUUCAAUCACAAAGUAAAAGUGUGACGAUCAAGUUAAAGUGAAUUGAUUUUUCAACAAAAUCAAUUUGAGUGAUUUUUUUUUUCGAUUAAAAAAAAGAACAAAAACAAUCUCAUCAAAAUGGCACACAUUAAAAGUGAAACGAAAAAUUAUAACAGUUGCCCAUUGAAAAAGCGUCCAAUUAUGUUUGUGGAUCCAGUCGUCAAAGACGAACCCGAACAAGAUGAGCCAGUUAAUUUGUGCGUUCGCAAAGUGAACAAAGACGAGCAAACUGCUUACGUGAACAAAGUUCGUGCGAUGCCAUUGAAGGAUAUCACCGCACACAACCAACAAUCGACCAUCCGAUAUGCUCCAUACAAAAUUGAAGAAAACCGUGUUCCAUAUGUGAAACAAGAAUUGUACAAUUUGUUGCCAGGAUAUGCCGCAAACACAACAAACACAUUGAACUACACACAAACAUCACCACCACCACCGACAUCGGCAUCAUCGAUCAAAUCCGAACCCGAAUACUGGCAAUCGUUCUCCCGCGAACCAUCCAUGUCUCCACCAACCACACAUAUGUUUGUUCCAUCACCGCCACCAAUGAAAAUUGCCGCCGUACACAGUGGCACACAUCGAUAUGCUCCAUAUGUGAGCCGACAACAUCACAUCGUUGGCGAAUACCAUAGCAGCAUGUCGCCAACACACAGCCAUCAUUCAGUGAAUUCAUUGGGUGGAUCAUCGCGUAGUUCAAUGUCACCAGCAUCGACCAGUUCAUCAAUUGAAGAUCCAUACACAAUAAUGCAAGCAUCAACCGGUGUCACACUCACCAAACCAAUCACAUACGAAACCAGCACCGAACAUUCCGUCAUCAUGAAAGCCGAUUUGCCACGCUACCAAUGCUCCGACUGCAACAAAUCCUAUUCAACAUACUCGGGCUUGACAAAACACAAGCAAUUCCAUUGCUCCGCUUCACCAACCAGCCAAGCCAAGAAAUCCUUUGACUGCCAAUUUUGUCCGAAAAAUUACACAUCUUUGGGUGCAUUGAAAAUGCACAUUCGUACACACACCAAACCAUGCAAAUGCCAUUUGUGCGGCAAAGCAUUCUCACGACCAUGGCUGCUACAAGGACACAUUCGUACACACACCGGUGACAAACCAUUCUCAUGCCAAUUCUGCCAUCGAGCCUUUGCCGACAAAUCAAAUCUUCGUGCCCAUUUGCAAACCCAUUCCGAUGUGAAAAAGUACAGUUGCACCUCGUGUUCAAAAACCUUCUCAAGAAUGUCAUUGCUCACCAAACACGCAGAAAGUGGCUGCCCCGGUUUGCACGAACAACAUCAUCAUUAAGCGUAAAAAACACCUUAAUUAAGUGUAAAUUUAAGUUAAUGAUAGUUUUCGUUUUUUUUCCCCCUUUCAUUUAUAUAAGCUAAUUUAUGCUCCUUUGCCAUUUCAUUAUUAAUAAGCUAAAAAACAUUCAAUUAAAAAUUAAGUUGCACUCGAAUUGCAUCAUCAAUCAUCAUAAGUUAGAGAAAACCAAAAAUAGUUAAGGCACACACACACACACACAUUUAGUAUUAAGUAAUCUGUUGUUCCUAGUCAUAUUUAUGUUGCUGAAUUUUAUUUGUAAGAUCGUAGCAUUUUAGUAUUUAUGGUUAACUUAUUUAUUGUGCCUUGCAUAUUUUUCACUUUGUACUUUCA